CAGCGAGUAUGUUUAAAGCAGAAGACCACAAUGGAGAUGGUGUCUUGUCGAGGAAUGAAACCGUGGGCAGUUUUGUCAAGUUUGACUUUAACAGAGAUGGAAGAAUUGAAAGACUGGAGUACGCAUGCUACCAAUACAACGUCCAUCCGGAUCUAGGAAAUUUUGCACAUGCGCUCUUCGACGAGUACGACACUGACAACGAUCACCAUUUGGACAUGCAUGACAUUGAGAGUUUGUCCUAUAGAAUGGACACAAACAAUGAUGGUAAUGUGGUUGAAAGUGAAUUUGUAGCGUUUUGGGUACAGCUCUUCAAGAAAUACGAAAAUUACCACCUGCACGGCGCCCAUCACCCGAAACACGAACCUAAAGCCUGUCAACACAUCCACGCUUCGAUCUUCGGCUAACAACGUUCCUUAUCAGUUCAUAAAUUAGCCUAUAGCAAUUGCAAUUUUACCCACAAAGUGGCAUAUGUUUUAUCGAAGCGAAAAU